GAAGUCCUUACUAAAUAACUGAAUGUCAUUUUAGAACUUUCCAAUAAGAAAAGGGGGCGGAAACUUUGAUACUGAAAAUACCAGUUAAUCAAUCUCUACAACAGUGACCUGACCUGUCUUCGUCCAAACGUUCCUUGUGGUCACCUUGUCGUCAGCAACAUAUUAUCAAAUCUCACUUGCAGUGGGGAGCAUUGGAAGACUUUCGACCAAAGGAACUGUACUGUUGCUUUGUGACAUGCAGGAAAAAUUCCGUCCGACUAUUUUCCAGUUCACCAACAUUGUGGGCAACGCAGCUAGAGUGCUGCAGGCUUGCCGGGCUCUUAGCAUCCCUCCCAUUGUAACAGAGCAGUAUCCCAAAGGGCUGGGUCCCACUGUGCCAGAGCUGGGGGCCUCAGACUUGAAGCCUCACGCUAAGACCAAGUUCUCCAUGCUGACUGAGGAGGUGCAGAGUGAGCUAAAGUCACUUGGGGACCCCAAGAAGGCCAUCCUGUGUGGAAUUGAGGCUCAAGCUUGCAUUGCGUGCACAACCUUUGACCUCCUGGACAGAGGCAUAGAGGUGCAUAUUGUGGCAGAUGCUGUGUCCUCACGGAGUCAGACGGACCGGUUGUUUGCACUGUCUCGUCUGAAGCAGAGUGGAGCUUUUCUAACCACAACUGAGGGAUUGCUGCUGCAACUGGUGCAGGAUGCCAAGCAUCCCAACUUCAAAGAGAUCCAGAAGCUGCUGGCCCACCCCUCGCCUGACACCGGCCUGGUGUCCUUCUUCAGCUCGCUGUGAGGAGCAGGGACAGGGCUGUCGCCACAACAAGUGCUUUCCACAUCGUUUUAAUGUAUGCACUCUGAAAUGUGACAACAAUAAAACCUGUUUGGUAGAGAGCUGGGUCAAACAAAUUGUGAUUGUUCUAAGCGGACAGUCUACUUUAAGUUCAGAAAUAUCUCCAUUGUAAUCUUGUAAAUUUUAAGAGAUGUAUGCAGUCUAAUAUUUAUCUAAUAAAAUAAGUUUUAAAAGGGGAAAAAAAGAAUUAAAGAUUGUUUCAUGUUGCA